CGUCACAUGAUAAGUACGGGUGUGAGUGCUUCCCUUUCAAUCUCACCGUGAAAUGUUCUUAUUUUAAGGAACUACCAAAGUCUGUAACUGACUUAUGCUUUAAAUUCGUUACUCUUAAUUCAUUUACACGUCGACGUUUGCCUUAAAUAACGUGCGUAUCGAAUAAACAAAAAACAAGCGCCAUGAGAUACCUUUUGGGCACUACUUUUGCGACCACUGCCACUGCUACAAUUACAGUCUUAGUAUUGUACCAUGUAUUCACUGGGAAAGGAGAACGCGUCAGUGUUGCAUGGUUCCUGGAAAGUUCUACUCCAUACAUGUGGGCAACUCUUGGUAUUGGGCUUGCUGUUGCCCUGUCUGUAGUUGGUGCUGCAUUAGGAAUUCAUACAACUGGUGUUUCAAUUGUUGGUGGUGGUGUUAAAGCUCCAAGAAUUAAAACAAAGAAUUUAAUCUCUGUCAUAUUUUGUGAAGCUGUGGCUAUUUAUGGAUUGAUCACAGCCAUUGUUUUGUGUGGAAUGUUGGAAGAAUUUAAUUAUACCCAGGCAGCUAUAAGACCAGAAGUUCGCAAUGAGAACUGGCUUGCUGGAUAUUUAAUGUUUGGAGCUGGUUUAGCUGUUGGUCUGGUUAAUUUGUUUUGUGGCAUAACUGUUGGUAUUGUGGGUUCUGGAGCAGCUCUUUCCGAUGCAGCCAAUUCAGCUCUGUUCGUCAAGAUUCUCAUAGUUGAAAUCUUUGGUUCUGCCAUUGGACUUUUCGGAUUAAUUGUUGGCAUUUAUAUGACGUCAAGGGUAAAAAUGGGAAACAAAGUAUAAACAUAGAGUAGAAAGAAGUGGUACAACCGUAAAGUAUUUUUUGGAAUCACAAAAUUCCAUUCCAUGUUUAGUAAUUGUUAAAAAAGAAUAUGGAUAGAAAGAAAAUGUAUCGCUACUUUGUUUGAACCAGUGUAAAGAAACUUUUACCA